UGAGGGCAGGAGAAUGGCCUGUAGACCACGAGACGUUUUCUCUUUCAAAGACUCAGAACUUCCCUCCCAACUGCUCGGCCAGCUCAACAUCCUCCGGCAGGAGCGUAUCCUGACAGACGUCCUGCUCUGCACGGAGCAUCAGGAGAUCCCCUGUCACAGGAACGUCCUGGUGUCCAGCAGCCCGUACUUCCGUGCCAUGUUCUGCAGCAACUUUCUAGAGAGCAGUCAGGCCCGUGUGAAUCUGAAGGGAAUCUCUUCGAAUGUCAUCAGCGGCAUCGUGGACUAUGUCUACACAGGCUGCAUCACUAUCACAAUGGAGAUUGUGCUCCCGCUCAUGCAGGCAGCAUCCAUGCUUCACUAUGGAGGUCUCUUUGAGGCCUGCUCGUUGUUUCUCCAGGAGCAGCUGAGUCCAGAAAACUGUCUGAGCAUGAUCCGGCUCUCUGAGAUCCUUCACUGUGAGAGUCUGAGGGAGAGAGCAAAGGAGAUGGCCGUUAGGUUUUUCUCUGAUGUAGCUGCAACAGAGGACUUCUGUGAGUUGUCUCUUCCUGAGCUCAUGUGUUACCUAGAGGAUGACCGACUUUGUGCAGAGGAGGAGCAAGUGUUUGAGACCCUCCUGGCAUGGAUCCACCAUGACCCGUUCUCACGUCGUGGUGCAAUCCAUGAUCUCUUCAAGAAAGUUCGUCUUCGCUACAUCCAUCCAACGUACCUCUUCCAGUUCAUUGCCAACGACCCUCUGGUACAGUCCUCCACACUCUGUACGGAGAUAAUCGAGUCAGUGCGUCGCCUCAUGCUCACAGUCAGUGCUAAGUGUAGUCGUGAGCUCAAGCCGCUUUGGACCACACCACGGCGUUAUACCUGCAGAGAGACACUGGUGGUGGUUGGAGGACGCAAAAACAAUGAACAAACUUCUCGAGAAGCCUUACUAUAUGAUGAAAGGACUCAUCGUUGGCAAUGGUUGGCCAAGCUCCCCCUGCGCCUCUACAAAGCUGCGUAUGUGUGUAUUCACAGCAUCCUCUAUGUGCUUGGCGGGCUCAGCCUCUGCAUGACAUCAGGCGACAGCUCAGUCAGCGCCACAGUUUACACACUCUCCCUUAAAACCAACCAGUGGAGGACUGCCGAGCCCAUGUUGGAGCGACGAUACGCCCACCAGAGUGUGUCCUAUCAGCACUUUAUUUUUGUGUUAGGAGGCAUUGGGGUAGAUAAGCGAAUCUCUCAGUCAGUAGAGAGGUAUAACAGUAUGUUUAAUCAAUGGGAGGCCAUGGCGCCGAUGCCCACAGCGGUGCUGCAUCCAGCUGUUGCAGCCAGUGAUCAGAGGAUCUAUGUUUUUGGAGGGGAGGAUGCCAUGCAGAACCCUGUCAGGCUGAUUCAGGUGUAUCACAUCUCUCGCAACUUGUGGUCGAGGCUAGAGACAAGGACAGUGAAAAAUGUUUGUGCCCCCGCAGCGGUCAUAGAGGACAAGAUCUACAUCAUAGGAGGGUACACAAGGCGAAUGAUAGCUUACGACACCAAAGCCAACAAAUUCGUCAAAUGUGAGAAUCUAAAGGAGCGAAGGAUGCAUCACAGCGCUACGGUGAUCAACAACAAGCUCUAUGUCACCGGUGGACGCAUCCUCAACAGCCACGAUGUCAUCGAGGACUCAGACUGCUUCGAGUGUUACGACCCAAAGACGGACGUUUGGACUUCAAAAGGCUCUUUGCCAUACAAGCUCUUUGACCACGGCUCUCUGCCGCUGGUCUGUGUUUCCAACAGACCCAACCCGCCGUGAUCUAUCAACCAGGAUGCUACUUUUGGCGAAUGCUUAGCUGCA